AUGGCGUACCACGACGCGCUGGGCUUGGGGGACUUCCGCCCCUGGACCCCCCCGGAGCUGCCGGGCUCGCCGCGCCGGGAGACGUGGAGCUCGCCGGAGCGACGCUCAGCGCUGGCCCGGUUGCUGAGAGACUGCUGCCGGGUGCUGGGUCGCGAGAUGGAGGCGUCACGCUUCUAUGGGCGGCUGCAGGAGGAGUGGCUGGAGACGCCUGAACAGCUGCGUCAGCUGUCCACCGACGGCUGGGCCCGGCUGGCCUUGCCGGUGGGCUUGGAAGCCGAGCUCCAACGACGCCUAGGAGCGCCAACCACGCCCACGCCCGCGCCCACGCCCGUGCCUGCCGCACGCCCCGCCGCGCGCCCGGGCGCGCGCCCGGGUACUCCAGCAGCGCAGGGGCGGCCGGCGCGCAGUCCCAAGACAGCUGGUAAGGAUUGGAGGGCGCUGCAGGGCAGUUUGCGUCAAGCUCUCCGGAAGCACUGCGGUGACUCGUGGCCCUCGCAGCUGCUCAGCACCUUCGGCCUACAGAGGAAGGAUGGCGUGGAUGCCAAUGUGCUGCAGUCGGCCCUGAGGUCUUUGGGCGUCCCAGUCUUCAGCUCGGCUCAGGUAGCCUCCGCCGUCCGCGCGGCCAAGGCCUCCAGCGCCGGCCUCGACGGCCGGGGGCCGCUGCCCAGCGCCGGCGCCGUGGUGGCGGCGAUCCAUGGGCCGCUGAACAGCGCCAGGUCACGUGCCGUGGACGAGGUCUUCUUCGAUCUGGGGGGUGACAUCCAUGGAACCUUGCCCAGGCAGACCUUGAAGAGGCGUCUGGCAGUCUUGGAGUUGCCCAGCGUGAAGGCGGGUUUUUCGGCCGAGGAGGCCCUCAGGGAGUUCACGCGCGGCUGGGGCUAUCGACAGGAGGUGGAUCGUGAGAGCUUCUCCACGGCGCACGUGCUUCUGUCGGCCCUGCACCGUGGGGACGGGGACGCCUAG